GAGACGUUGGAAGCGCUGACGUGUGUCUCAUCGGUGGUAAAGGAUAAUAACCUCCACAGCCGUCGCAAUCUUCGCACAGACAUCGAGAGACAAAGUCUGACCAUUAAUGAAGAGUUUGUCAAAUGUUUUGAUUCAUUGAAACACACGUUAAACGACUUGUACUCAAACGUCAAUCAUAUGAACCAAAACUGCAAACAAAUGAUACAAACGAUUGAGACCACAAGAAGUCAAACGUCACACCUUCUCAAACAGACCAAUCAAUUGAGUGAUGAAUUAAAGGGAAUAGAAGUGAAGGAAGUGUUGGCCAAUCGUUUCAUUAAUGCAUUUCAAUUAAAACCCGAAGAACUGAUGAUUAUUAACAACACGAGUGAAGACAUUGACGACCACUUCUUCGAGAUCAUCGACAAAGUGCGCAAAAUUCACGAAAAGUCCAAACUAUUGCUAACUAAUAGCCAACACAUCACUGGCAUUGAAAUAAUGGACUCAAUGGCUCUGCACGAGGAGGCGGCCAAUGAACGGCUCUAUCGGUGGACACUAAACAUAUUGCGGACGAUUAGCGCCGACAUUAAGCUUCAAGUAGGCGUUGACAAGGCGCGCUACCGCACAGAACUUCGGCUGACUCGCGGCCGACCCUCGGCUAACACGACGGCCAUUGAAAGCCAUUCAAACGAUGUGAUCCGAUAUGUGGGCGAUAUGUUUGCAUUCCUUCAUCAGUCCAUCGCUAAUGAGAGGGAAAUGAUCGACAAUUUGCUGAAGUUGUGCGACAAACAGAAGUUGUCGACCACUGGUUUGGCCAACACUUCCAUCUCAUCCAUCACUGAAGGUUUGUGUCGACCACUGAAAGUACGGGUCGAACAGAGCUUAAUAUCAGACAAUACAAGUGCCUCCAAAACCGGUCCAUCGGUUUACUAUCGGAUCAAAAACAUAAUCAGCUUUUAUUUGCAUACUUUGACGCAGACAUCGCUUCUCAUACCGGAGUCGCCAUUCAUUUAUACGUUGAAAGAGUUGCAGACAUUGAGUGAUAAGAUAUUUUACAAUAGCCUUAACUUCUGCGUCGCGCGAAUCGGCAAAUCGCAGGUCAGCGACGUUGAAGUGCCCGCCAAUGACCUAAAGCCCACCCAAUCGGUGACACACAUUGUCUCUGUUCUCAAAGACGUGCUCUUCUGUCAGAACUCGUGUCUCUCGUCCGACGAAGAGAGGGAACAAGAAGUGCAACAAAUCCUGUCCACAGUUAUCGAGCCGUUGAUCCACUCGUGUAUUAUCUCCGCCUCUAAACUGACGCCAAUAGAAAUGGCAGUCUUUCUCUUCAAUUGUCUUUUCACUAUCAAUGAAACGCUCGCUAACUAUCGCUUCACCGAUCGGUUCAAAGACAUGAUAGCGCUUCAGACGGACGGACACAUCGAGACUCUGGUCAACGAACAGAUCUCACAUAUAAUCUCUUAUUUGGNUCGCUUCACCGAUCGGUUCAAAGACAUGAUAGCGCUUCAGACGGACGGACACAUCGAGACUCUGGUCAACGAACAGAUCUCACAUAUAAUCUCUUAUUUGGGAUUAAGUUCUCUGCAAAACGCCAUUCAACAGAAGGAUGAGAUUACGAUCCCUUUCUCACAACUUUCCGGUUGCGAUCCACUGGCCAUCAGAUCCGCAAUGCUAAAAAUGGAUACUUUUAUCGCUCGGCCCACAGAUCUGGCACUCCAUCAGAGCUCGUAUUUGAUUGCCUCAAACGCUAAGGAUAUCGUAUGGAAGCACUCUUUGGCAUCGAUUUGCACAAUAUAUGAACAAAUGUAUGAAUCGGUCAACAAUACGGCCAACAAUUAUGUGGAUCCCAACACUUUGAUGAACUAUAAACCGGAACAAAUUAAAAUGCUUUUGCUGUGAGUGUCAUCAAAGUGUCAUCGUUUGGUUUUAUAGU